GCUGUCUCAAAAUGCCGAAGAGCUCAAAGAAAAAGAAGGAUAAGGCAGCAGACUUUACGAAAGCCAAGCUGAAAUUAGGCAAGGGCAAACAGGUACCCACCAACGCGGUCGAUACAUCUUUCAAGGCUCGCUCCAUCGCACUGCCAACCCAGAGCAUUGUCCUCGACAAAAGUAGCCAAGCGCCCACAACCAAGAGGAAGCUCACGUUUGACGACUUGACAUCUCAUUUAAAACAUUACAAUGCUGCCACCAGGAGAGAUGCAAUACUGGGUCUUCGAGAGCUUCUCGAGUCGUAUCCGGAUCUCAUUGGUUCAAACUUGACAGCCCUUGUAAGCAGCUGUGUACGCGCCAUAGGAGACGAGGAUGCCAGCGUGCGCAAGGCAUUGCUGUCAUUCCUAGGCUGGCUACUUCGCCAGGUUCCUCCCGAAGACAUACUACCACAUUCUCCUGUGCUGCUCCUUUUUACCACCUCCGCCCAGACUCAUAUCUUCCCCGAGAUACGCAUCGACGCCAUCCGUUUCCUGGACCUGUUUCUAGAACUAAUUCCCGACGUCGUGACGGAAGACUGGCUUCAGCCCAGCAGUCAUGGAAGGAGAGUCCUUGAAGGCUACCUUGGUAUUUUGAAUGCUGGCACCACAUACGGCGAAGGCGGAGAUACGGGGCCCGUGCGAGCAACGAGCACAGCAAGCGUGAUCCUGUCACCUGCGUCGAAACUCAUCGUCUUGAAGUCCUUGUCGUCAUUCCUGAGCCAUGCACUUUCCGCAACUUUGUCUUCCAGCCAACCGAGCAGCUCAUCCUCCGCGCAUCCACCAACACCAACCUGGUUCCUCUCGUCGUCGUUCACCUCUCUCAAGGCUUACGAAGCGUUCGAGUCCGUCUUGCGUCCGACGUACCACGCCUCACAGUCCAUGUCAAGUGCACGCUAUGCAGAACGAUGGUCAGAAGAAGCCGAUGUGGAUGUCACUUUUGAGACGUUUCCCGGCCAGUUUGACGCAGCAUCAGCUCCAACAGGAAUUUCGUGGAGUCUACAGGAGCUGAUGAACGUUGACGUGCAAGAACUGCGGAUAGAAGAGCCUAACACUCACGAGCUCCAUACAAUGCAGCACCUUGCGCGUACGUUGCACUCAACGGUAGUAUCCACGCUCCUCGACUGUGCACCGUCCGUCUUUUCCCCAAGUUCAGUUCCUCCAGAGAGGGAACUGCAAAUGGUCAUAGUUUUGGGGGAGAUCUGCCGUACUCUAUACGGUUCGAUAUUGCGAGAAGCCGGCGAGGGCGACAAGGCGGAGAGCACAGCAAUCAAGGAAUUAAAGCAGAUUCUUGGAUACUUGUCACCGUACUUCCCGUUCACAGUGGCAGGCUCUGUCGUGGCAAAGCGGGACAUCAAGGUCGAACAAGCGUUCCAAGAUCUCAACCUCGUCUUUUGCGAGCUGACAUCCUUUCUGAUCCUCGCAACCUCCCCGGUGGGCCCUCACCCACGCCAUCCGCAGGUAGUACAGGGCAAGACACGCCAUCGCGGGAAGUUUCACCCUAGCGGGCCAUUAGAAUCGUCGCCGCCUCUGCAGACAUCAAAUGUCCGCGAUUACGUCGUCCAGCUGCUCCGCGGAGAAGCGUCUGCAGGCUCAUCACAGCCAUCCAUCGCGCGGCCAAUCACGCCGGCCGCAUACUCGGCUCUGCUGCCCACCAUAUGGUCGCUGCUCAAUAGCGCAUCUACCACCGUGGGUGCAGACAGCACCUCGCGGGCGGUCCUGCGCGUCGUCGUCGAGCAUGCGAUCAAGGCAUCAUCGACAUCUGUCGUAAAGCGGUCAACGAUCGAUUUCCUCGCCCGUUUGGUGUUACUCGAGCGUGAAACAGAGUACCGCGGCGUAUUUAUCACCGGGCGGAAUUCGGAAGAAGACAGGGUCCUCCAGGAAUGGCUGCUGCACCUGCCGAAGACGCUCUGGGAACUUGGCGGAGCCAGCCUGCCCACGACGGAGGCUAUUCUGCGGUUCCUUCUUCGGCUGACACAGCGCAAAUCGCCACUGCUACCCGACGAGACCCUGUCCUUUCUCCGUAGCCGCCUCGCGCCCUACUUCGUCAUCUCGCAUGCGACACGGGGCACGUUGCUGGGUCCGUACAGCAAAAUUCCGCCCGCGUCGCCGUUGCGCAGAUUGGUGCUUGACGUCGUAGUGACCAUCAUCUCAGGUGCAGGUGGAGACGGAGGACGUGAUGGGCUGGUGAGCGCAGUAGAUGAGGCUGUAAAGGGGACAGAGGAGCAGUCAUACUGGAUUUCUAUGCGGAGAUGAGUCCUGUAAUGUACUGAGAUAUCGUCAUACCUACUUCGACGUCUAUGAAGGUGCUCAUGGUUC